AUGGCUGUAACCUUGGACGCAGACUGCAUGCCGCUCUCAGACUACGUCGUCGAACACAUCGACCACGUGCGGCAUCUCGAGCUUAGAGAUGGCCCUAUGGGCGACGUGACUACGGUUCUGACACGUCUGAACCGCCCCGCGCCAAUGUUGGAGUCUGUAAAUAUCUUUUGUGAUGUGCGCGGUACCUUGCAGACCUUUUUGCACACACCACCCCGCGCCUGCGCCACCCUCUUCUCGCUGAAGUUCAUCAAUCACUUGUUUACUUAUGCCGAAACCGACUUGCCACCGAAACAAUACACCUACGGUGAGGUACCUGAUGUCCUCGAGCGAAUGCCGGCCCUCGAGGUUCUAUAUGUCCAUCGUGUCCUGUCACUUGGCCCUGCCUCGAUGGGCACCUCCCGCAGCAUCUCCUUCCCGCGUCUCAAUGAGCUGAGUCUUGGAAGUGUGUUGAACAGCUGUUGUUCGCUUGUAGCAAACCUCGCCCUCCCUGCCCACACCUCGGUCCACAUGAUCUGCCACCCUUUCUCACACACCUGGGAGGACUGCCAGCUGCUCGUCCCAUUCAUGGCCAAGCGGGUCGCUGCGGCAGCCGCGAUCCAUGUUGUCGAGCAUCUCGCCAUAUACUCCUUGUCGGACAUGGAUAUUACGCUCACAAUCGGGCCUCUUGAAGCGCGCAGGGCCCCAUCCAGCGCUCUGCCUUUUAACGUUGUCAUUACUUUUUCAUUGAGCGGCGGUGCGAUCAUCCGCAGGCUGGUGGAGGCCUUCUGCGCCGUGCUUCCGCUCGGCGGGCUGCGAGAGCUGUCGGUAUUCACGGGCCUCGAGAGCUGGUGGAGGCCACAGCACUGGCAGGAAAUGCUCCGCCCCGUGCAGUGUGUGGAGACGGUAAACGUGCGGGGCACGGCGGCCAUGCACCUCGUCAGCUCGCUCGCUUGGGAGUCGUGUGCGGGCGAGCCGGCAGAGGAAGCGCCAUCUCUGCUCUUCCCCGCGUUGGAAACCCUGGCCAUGUGGGGAUUGACCAUCCACGAUGAUACGUCAGAGACACUGUGUUCAGACUACGAGCUCGUGGGAGCACUCGUCCAUCGCACCCAUAAAGCACCGCUCGAGACGCUGAGGUUUUUGCGGUACAAUGUGCAGAAGAAAUGGAUAGAGAAAAUAGAAGCCAUCGUGCCUACAGUCACCUUGGAUUUUGACGCUCAGUUCCCGUAA